AUGGAGAACAAGAUCAACAUUCUCAGAAGAUCAUUUCAUGCUUUCUUCCAAAACUACCAGUACUUAACAUUUUUGGUGGCGCUCAUUUUGUUGCCAGUCUCAAUUCUAGUUCUCCUGUCACAGGCAGUUGAAUUCUUCUCAUAUCCGCUCUUGCUAACAAUCCAAAUUCGCCUAGAUAAUCUUUUCAAUGCAGCCGGAUUCCCUCCGUCGUCGCAUUUCUUCUUCCUGCUCAAUGUAAAACUAUCUCAAACCAUAACUUGUUCAAUCUUCUCUUUUCCUUUCACCCUCUCAUUCCUUCUUAUUGCUAAAUCAGCUGUAAUUCAAGCUCUGCACCACAAAACACCUUCAACUACUACUUCUUCUGUGUUUUCUCUGUACAACCCUCUUCUUCUCACCCAUUUAUGCAACUCAUUUAUAAUCUUCUCCGCACACGCGGUAGGACUGUGCUUUCUGUUUGUUCUCUUCAACACAUUUAGUGAAUUCGGGUAUUCCUCACCGGACUCGGCGUUCUUCCUCUCUGCUGGUGGAGCAGUUGUUUACUCACUAAUCCUUGCCAACACCCUUAUCAUAUGCAACAUGGCUUUGGUAGUUGCAGGAAUGGAGAACUGUGGCGGGUUUGUGGCGAUUCUCAAGGCCUGUGUGCUGAUCAGAAGCAGGGUGUCAACUGCUCUCUCUUUAGCCUUGCCUGUCAAUUUGGGUCUAGCAUUUCUUGAAGCUUUGUUCCAGUACCGCGUCAUAACAAUUUACCAUCUGUCUGAUAAAAUCAGCUUCUAUAUCGCUUUAGAGGGUCUGUUGAUUGCUUAUUUAUACUCCCUUCUCAUAAUUCAAGAAACUGUCAUCACCUGCAUUUUCUACACAAAUUGCAAGUCAGAGUUGAGAAUAGAUGGGGAAGGAAACUCAAACUAUUACUAUUACAGGAUUAAGAACAUGGAGGAAAAUGAAAUAUUCACAGACUCAAAAAAUUUGCAUGAAUUGCCAUGA